AAUGGUAGUUCCACAAUUUCAAAUUUUUACAAAACUCUUCAAAAUAUAAUCUAUAUUGUAUUAUGAUUAUAUUAUCUAUGUUGUUAAUAUAAAACUUCUUAUGUUUGUAAUAAAGUCUAUAUUAAAAUACAAUAUGCAGCGUGCCAUGCUAAGAUGGAGUAGCGUGCCUACCCAAGUUAUUGCAGAAGGUCGUUGGGUAGAAGAAGGUGUUGCAGAAAAUGGUAAAAAAGAUGUGGUAGUUGUUAUUCCAGGGAAUCCUGGCAUUCCAGAAUUUUAUGAAGGAUUUGCAAGAACUUUAAAGUUAAGGCUUCCAACUGAAGUGCCAGUUUGGGUAAUUGGACACGCAGGACAUGUACAACCACCAAGCAACUUAAGUGUUACAAUGCCAAAUGAUUCAACCUGGAAUGAACAUUAUAGUUUAAUGGCACAGUUGCAGCAUAAGAAAGAAUUUAUUAGAAAGUAUGUACCAGAAGACGCAAGAUUGCAUCUUGUUGGUCAUUCCAUAGGCUGUUGGAUGAUUUUGAAUAUGUUAAAAGAUGAUCUCAUUGCUAAAAAAGUAGCUAAAUGUUAUCUAUUGUUUCCAACUAUAGAACACAUGGCCAAAAGUCGAAAUGGACAAUUCUUUACUAAAUUUAUUACAAAAAUUCAAAGUUUAUUGAUUUUCCUUUGUUGGAUUUUGUUCUGCCUUCCACAGUUUUUACAACUUUUUAUAAUUAGUGUGAUGGCAUACAGCAUUCCCGGAAAGUAUAAUAAGGCAACACUUCAAUUGUUAAACCCUCAUAGUUUGAAAAAAGUAAUUAAAAUGGCAGAAGAAGAAAUGGAAGUUGUGAAAGAUCGAGACGAUGAUAUAAUUUCCAAGUAUGGUGAUAAAUUAUGGUUCUAUUAUGGUAAUUGUGAUGGCUGGGCUCCAGUUAAAUAUUUCAAUCAUUUGAAAUUUACGCAUCCUUCUGUCGAUGCGAUUCUAUGUAAACGUGGUUAUCACCACAGUUUUGUUUUACAAUAUGAUAAAGAAAUGGGUCACAUUGUUGGAGAUGCAAUCAAUGAGAAUAUAUCAUAAUCCUAAAUGGUAACUAAUCUUUAAUUUUAGAUGUUCUUUAAAAUAAUUUUUUUAUUAGGAUUCUGCAAUUUAUUAGUGCUUAUAUUGAUAUACUAAUAAUUAACAUUGCUUCAAGAUCAGUACAUGAUCUGCAUGAAUAAAAAAGGUUAUCUAUAUGCAAUACUAAGUUUAUGAACUUAAUAGGUUAUGGUAGCUGUUUAAACUAACUGUUAUAGGAAUGUUUUAGAUUAUCAUACUAAACACUAAUAAACCACAAUGUUUUUUAAUUUGUUUUAGAAAUAUAGAUGAUAAUGUACAAGUUACAAGCAAUACAAAUAUUUGUUUAUUUUUUUAUGGCUUUUAAUAUUGUAUUAAAUAAAUAGUAAAAUGUUUAACCUUGUUGAGAAUAAA